AUGCCUGAGAUUGCGGAGAUCGCUCGAGUGGUGCACUACCUGCGGUUGCACUUGGUUGGGAAGAAAAUCAAGACCGCCACUGCGGUAGAGGAUAACAAUGUUUUUGGCAAAGUCGGAACGACGGGAGCGGAGGUCUCCAGGGCACUCACCGGAAAGAAAGUUCUAUCAGCGGGGACACAAGGCAAAUACUUCUGGCUUGUUCUCGAUCAGCCGCCUCAUCCUGUGAUGCAUUUUGGAAUGACAGGCUGGAUCCACAUCAAAGGGGAUCGAACCGCAUAUACCAACUAUUACAAGAAGAUGAAGCCGGAAGAAAUGGAUCUCUGGCCCCCGAAAUACUGGAAGUUCCACCUGAUAACCGAGAACCCGGCAGUUGAGGUUGCCUUCACAGAUCCCCGCCGCUUUGGCCGUGUGCGCCUCGUGGAUUGCCCGGGCGAGAGCAUCAGGAAGUUCUCCCCGCUCGUAGAAAACGGCACUGACCCGGUCGUUGACACCGACGUUUUCACUGAGGACUACCUCCGAGAAAAGAUGCGCUCGCGCCAUGUUCCAAUCAAGGCGCUCAUUCUUGACCAGACCAUCAUCAGCGGGAUCGGCAACUGGGUAGGCGACGAGGUCCUCUACCAGGCGAAGCUGCAUCCAGAACAAUACUGCGAUGACUUUAGCGAUGAGCAGAUAACAAGGCUCUACAAAUCCAUUCGUCAUGUCUGUCAAUUUGCCGUCGACAAGCUCGGGGAUUCUGACCAAUUUCCCGAGGACUGGCUGUUCCACUACCGAUGGGAAAAAGGUCAGAAGGGGGGAGUGGGCCAUUUGCCCAGCGGCGAGAAGCUGGCCUUUCUCACAGUAGGGGGGAGGACAAGCUGCUAUGUGCCGGAGAUACAAAAGAAGAGUGGUCGCAUUGUUCCCGGCGUCAAGGAGGAACCCAUCGAGUCUGACCUGGAGAAGGAAAAACCCAAGAAAGUUGUUAGGGCAAAGGACGCAAUUGCAGAGGACGCUAUGCCGAAAAGCAAAAAGAGGAAGGCAGAAAAGGACGAGAUACCAGCAAAAAGGAGCAGAGCUACCCCCAAGAAGUCUGCGACGAGCGAAUCGCAGGCCACUAAGGGGGAAGUUGCGGAAAGGAUAGGCAGCAAUGUCGAGCACGGCAGGCGGCGGUCAAGCAGGCUGCAAAGGAAAACCGCGUGAAUGGCAUGGACUUGGCCGGGGCUGCUCAUACAUACUCUUCUCGGUUCUCGUUCUUCACUUGCGGUACGUGGCAUUUAUAUGCCGCACUGAUCUGGUUGCGCUCCCUGUCUACGUCCUCCCGUCCCAGAUCCAACAGCUCGGAAUGGCAGGCGUGUAUUUGUACCUUACUUGGAUCUGUCCUCGGAUAUACACAUGAUGUACUCCGUGCUUGUGGCCGGGGCAACAGCCAGUGCAUUCACUAAGCUUAAUGGGCACAAAGCUCGGUAUUAGACCCUGAGAGGAAACGUGUCGCGUCGAAAAGGAUCAUCAAAUAACAGCUGGUGUUGAGAGUUCUAGACCACCUUGUUUCCUAUGUGGGCAGCUAGCUCAACACCGGUGCCCAAUUGAAGCCCGGUCUAGACCUUCCCG